GGCUGCGCAUCUGGGGCUUUAAACAUACAAAGGGAUUGCCAGGACCUGAGAGAACAGGCGGCGGCGGCGGCGGCUGCGGCGGCGCGGGCUGGGGCGCGAGGGCCGGACCAUGAGCCGCUGAGAGAGGCAAAGCCGAGGACCCAGCAAGCGGACCCUCGGAAGGGAGCGCUGCGCGGCGGAGCAGACGCCAGCCAGGCGGCGACGCGGACACACGCACCGAGCCAGCGACCCCUGGGCGACGCGCGGGGCCUGGGAGCGCAAGGAUGGAGGCGCGAGUGUCCUGGGGCGCGCUCGCCGGCCCGCUGCGGGCGCUCUGCGUCCUGGGCUGCCUGCUGGGCCGGGCCGCCGCCGCGCCGGCGCCCAUCAUCAAGUUCCCUGGCGAUCUCACCCCCAAAACGGACAAAGAGUUUGUGGUGCAAUACCUGAAUACCUUCUACGGCUGCCCCAAGGAGAGUUGCAACCUGUUUGUGCUGAAGGACACACUGAAGAAGAUGCAGAAGUUCUUUAGGUUACCCCAGACGGGUAAUCUUGACCGAAGAACCAUUGAGACCAUGCGGAAGCCGCGCUGUGGCAACCCAGAUGUGGCCAACUACAACCACUUCCCCCGCAAGCCCAAGUGGGACAAAAAUGACAUCACAUACAGGAUCAUUGGCUACACACCUGAUCUGGACCCAGAGACAGUGGAUGAUGCCUUCGCUCGUGCCUUCCAAGUCUGGAGCAAUGUGACACCGCUACGGUUUUCUCGCAUACAUGAUGGAGAAGCUGAUAUCAUGAUCAACUUUGGCCGCUGGGAGCAUGGAGAUGGAUACCCUUUUGACGGCAAGGAUGGGCUCCUGGCUCAUGCCUUCGCCCCAGGCACUGGUAUUGGGGGAGACUCCCACUUUGACGACGAUGAGCUAUGGACCCUGGGAGAAGGGCAAGUGGUCCGUGUGAAGUACGGGAAUGCUGACGGGGAGUACUGCAAGUUCCCCUUCCUGUUUAACGGCAAGGAGUACACCACCUGCACCGACAUGGGCCGCAGCGAUGGCUUCUUCUGGUGUUCCACCACCUACAACUUUGAGAAGGAUGGCAAGUAUGGCUUCUGCCCCCACGAAGCCCUUUUCACCAUGGGUGGCAACGCUGACGGACAGCCCUGCAAGUUCCCGUUCCGCUUCCAGGGCACAUCUUACAACAGCUGCACCACGGAGGGCCGAACGGAUGGCUACCGAUGGUGCAGCACCACCGAGGACUACGACCGCGACAAGAAGUACGGCUUCUGCCCUGAGACCGCCAUGUCCACAGUUGGUGGGAACUCAGAAGGUGCCCCCUGUGUCUUCCCGUUCACCUUCCUAACCAAGAAGUAUGACAGCUGCACCACCGCCGGCCGUGGUGAUGGAAAGCAGUGGUGCUCCACCACGGCCAACUUCAACGACGACCGCAAGUGGGGCUUUUGCCCCGACCAAGGGUACAGCCUGUUCCUCGUGGCAGCCCACGAGUUUGGCCACGCCAUGGGGCUGGAGCACUCGCAGGAUCCUGGAGCCCUGAUGGCGCCCAUUUACACCUACACCAAGAACUUCCGCCUAUCCCAGGAUGACAUCAAGGGCAUUCAAGAGCUCUAUGGAGGCUCCCCUGACACUGAAAAUGGUACUGGCCCCACUCCCACGCUGGGACCUGUCACACCUGAGAUCUGCGUACAGGACAUUGUCUUUGACGGCAUUGCUCAGAUCCGUGGUGAGAUCUUCUUCUUCAAGGACCGGUUCAUUUGGAGGAUGAUAGCGCCACAUGACAAGCCUACAGGGCCCCUGCUGGUGGCCACUUUCUGGCCUGAACUCCCGGAAAAGAUCGAUGCUGUCUAUGAGGCCCCGCUAGAGGAGAAGGCUGUGUUCUUUGCAGGGAAUGAGUACUGGGUCUAUUCAGCCAGCACCCUGGAACCAGGGUACCCCAAGCCACUGACCAGCCUCGGAUUGCCCCCUGAUGUCCAGCGAGUGGACGCUGCCUUUAACUGGAGCAAGAACAAGAAGACGUACAUCUUUGCUGGAGACAAGUUCUGGAGAUACAAUGAGGUGAAGAAGAAAAUGGAUCCUGGCUUCCCCAAGCUCAUCGCAGAUGCCUGGAAUGCCAUUCCUGAUGACCUGGAUGCUGUUGUGGACGUGCAGGGUGGUGGUCACAGCUACUUCUUCAAGGGUGCCUAUUAUCUGAAACUGGAGAACCAAAGUCUGAAGAGUGUGAAGUUUGGAAGCAUCAAAUCCGACUGGCUGAGCUGCUGAGCUGGCCUUUGCUCCCACAAGCCCUUCCUCACCAUCACCUUCCACACACCGGGCCCUGAGCCCCAGAGAAAGACCCGGAGGGGCCUGGAACUCCUGCCUUCAGCUCUGUAGUUAAUCAGCAUUCUCAUUCCUACCUGGUAAUUUAAGAUUUCAGAGAGUGGCUCCGCCCUGUGCCCAAGGAAAGGUGCUGAUUGUACUCCUCCCAGGUGUCCCUUCCCCCUCCAAUCCCACCAACCCUCAGAGCCACCCCAAAGAGAUGUUCCGAUAUUCUCAAUGCAGUCCUGCUUUGGGCUGCCCUGGUGCUGUCACGCUUUAGGCUUUUCUCCCUUCCCAACCUUCUGUGGCUCACAGCAGCCUUGGAGCCAACAGAGACUGUCUCAAGAGGGCACUGGUGGCCCAACAGCCUGGCAUGGGGCAGUAGGAUAGGGGCACGGCCAGGUGGCCACCCCAGACACCUGGCUUCUCACUGCUAGCUGCCUUAGAAACUUCCCUACGUUAGCAGUUUGCUUUUAUUCACUUUGUUCUUUUCUUCUGGCUUUUUUACUUCUCCACUUUGAUACUGCAUUUCUUGACAGAAGGACUCAGGUUGUCUGAAGUCGCUUCAUGAUGCAUCUCGGCCCACAUAGGGAUGGUUCCUUGUUCACUCUAUUUAGUGUGUCCCCGCCCAGUCACUUCCUUCACUGGAUGGAGGAAGACCAACCCAUGGCUCCCUGCUCAGCCCUCCCUGCCUCUCCCUUCAACAGUUCCCCAUGGGAAAUGUCAACAAGUAUGAAUAAAGACACCCAUUGAGUGGCA